AUGGGGUUCGUGUCGCUGCUGGCGGUGGCGUCAACGCCGGUGGUGGAGGUGCUGCUCGUCGCCCUCCUCGGCGCCUACCUCGCCUCCCCGCGCUGCGGGCUCCUGGCCCCCUCCGCCCGCGCUGACAUCAACCGCGUCGUCUACGCCGUCUUCACCCCGGCGCUCCUGCUCGCCAGCCUCGCCUCCACCGUCACCCUCCAGGACGCCCUCUCCUGGUGGUUCAUGCCGGUGAACAUCGGCAUCAUCUUCUUCGCCGGCGGGGUCCUGGGGUGGCUGGCCGUGCUCAUCCUCAGGCCGCCGCCGCACCUCCGGGGGCUCGUCGUCGCGUCAUGCUCCGCCGCCAACUUCGGCAACCUGCUCCUCAUCGUCAUCCCCGCCGUGUGCCGCGAGGACGGCAACCCUUUCGGCGGCGACUGCACCAGCCGCGGCCUCUCCUACGCCUCCUUCUCCAUGGCGCAUCAUGCAUAUGGCGCACAGUAG